UUUCUUUCUUACUUUCACUUCCUUCUUUCUCCUUUCCUUUCUACACUCAAAAGCAGCUUGUCUUCACAACCUUUUUCUUUAUAUUUGCAUAUAUCCCUUCUGUGGACUGCAACUUUGACACUUUCUUUUUGACCUGAAUUCUGGACCGUCUCCACCGACUGAUAAACGAGCUCAUCAUGUUGAUGAGCUCUCGAACUCCCCGUUCUCGCGAUGAAGUAGCACCACAAAAGACAAAGCGCAUCCUGGAAAUUGGCAAACCCAUAGAAUUUGAACACGGCAUCCACGUAGAGUAUAACAGAGAGAAGGGCAAGUUCAUGGGUCUCCCAGAUGUAUGGCAAGGCGUGAUUCCGAGUAGCGACGACGUACUUGACACAAGUUGCAUUAGUCCCCACCUUGUUCCAGCACCUUACCUCAUUGCCCACACCACUAAAGCAGACAAUAUCAGUAAACCUUAUAAUGUUCAGCAUAAUAUUCAUGUGCAAAUCGAUAAAACGUCGUAUGUUCUGCAAGGACUCCCCCUUGCCUGGGCACAUCAACUACAGAGCUCGAACCAGGUACCUGUCCAUGCUGACUUUCAAACGGAACAUACUAGUACCCGGACUCGAUCAUCCAUGAGUCCUCAUCGUUCAGCGUCAUCCUCUUCGAAUAAGUCUCUUUCAUCCUUCCCUAAGAGCAAGAGUUGGACGGAUAUUCGUCGUAAAGCAAGCAAGGCUUCUGUGGAGCGAAAAGCAGAUGAGUGCCAAGAUCCAUUGUUACUCUACAACAACAUUGUUGAGGUUGCGGAAGGAGAAAGCGGCUCGUUGUUCUCCGCUUCAUUGAUCUCCGAUCCUCGCACGACGGUGGCGAUCAAACGCAUUAGUCUUUCAGACACUUCCAACAUUGAAAAAAAGAAGAAGGAAAUGCAAGCUAUGAGGCAGUGCAGGCACCCAAAUAUCAUCAACUACAUUUCUCAUCACUGGACUAGUGAUGAGCUUUGGAUUGUGAUGGAAUAUCUCGACAACUGCUUGACGGACAUCGUCGCCAUCGAAGAUUCUGAUAUGGCGAUGCCCUCAUUGAACGAGCAUCAAAUUGCAUACAUAAUGCGCAGCGUCUUACUUGCAUUAAAUCAUUUGCAUUCACUUGGACGGAUACAUCGAGACGUAAGAGCAGAUAACGUUCUGCUCAGCUCUGAGGGCAUGGUAAAGCUUGCCGAUUUUGGACAUAGCGCACAGUUGACAACAACCGCACCUAGCCGUAAUUCUAUUGUUGGAACGCCUUUUUGGAUGGCUCCCGAAGUUAUCAGAGGCGAUAGCUAUGAUACGGCUGCGGACAUUUGGAGUUUGGGGGCUUUGCUGUUUGAGUUGUUGACCGGAUCACCGCCACUCAGUGAAUACCCACCACUACGGGCGAUUUAUAUAAUUGCUUCUAAGGGCCUACCAGCACCUCCUCAAAUAUGGUCAGAUGAGCUAUUGGACUUUUAUGAGCAAUGCACCAUUAUGGAAGCGAGUCAUCGACCCACCGCCAGUGUCCUUCUAGAGCACCCUUUCAUUGUCCGGUGUGCAGGAACCAGUGAAUGCCUUCAAGAAUUGUUGCUUCAGCCACAAAUGGACGUAGUUCCCAUGGAAAUGUCUUCAAACCAGAUGACAGCCGAUGAGGGUUUACUUGCUGAUAUAAGGUCAGAAAUGGCGUCAAACAGCCUCAAUAGCAAAGAUACUGAGACAUCCACGGUGGCAACCCGAACAUCUAGCGUAUGGAGCUGGAUGGACGAACCUAAUGCCUUGAAUAUGGAUUUCCAGAUUGCAAUAGAUUUUGAUCACCUUCAACUAUCUUCAACACUGGAAACAUGAUUCUAAAAACCAGAAAGUACUCUAUCAAAAUACCCUGCUAUUGAAACC